AAAUCGUUUCUCCAGAGCAAUUCCCCUUCUCAUCCCUCUAUUCCUCCUCCAUCAAAGGCCUUCGUCGAGUAGCUGAGAUUGCCUCGACAUUGGAUGUGCCACGAACAACUGUUUUAGACCACUUGCCUAGGAAUCCGAAGUCAUGAUCAGCACUAGGCUCACUCGUGUGGGUGCUUUGGCAUCCAAAUCUCGCCUCCUCCUUGGAGCGCGGGGUAUGGCCACUGUCGCUGAUUCUCCGCUUGACAAGAAGGUCGAGAUGACCAAUUGGGAGAAGGGUAACCACAUUAACUAUAAAAAGAUGGCCGAGAACUUGGACAUUGUCCGAGCUCGUCUGAAUCGCCCCCUUACUUACGCGGAAAAGAUUCUCUAUUCCCAUCUUGAUGACCCACACGGUCAGGAGAUUGAGCGUGGAAAGUCCUACCUGAAGCUGCGACCGGAUCGCGUUGCCUGUCAGGAUGCCACAGCCCAGAUGGCCAUCUUGCAGUUCAUGUCAGCUGGCAUGCCCUCAGUCGCUACCCCAACCACCGUGCACUGCGACCACUUGAUUGAGGCUCAGCUUGGAGGAGAUAAGGAUCUUGCCAGAGCCAACGAGAUCAAUAAGGAAGUCUACAACUUCCUUUCCUCUUCCUGCGCAAAAUAUAACAUUGGAUUCUGGAAGCCCGGCUCCGGUAUUAUCCAUCAGAUUCUUCUCGAGAACUACUGCUUCCCCGGUGGUCUGAUGAUCGGUACCGACUCUCACACUCCUAACGGUGGUGGUCUCGGUAUGGCUGCUAUUGGUGUUGGUGGUGCUGAUGCCGUCGACGUCAUGGCGGGACUUCCAUGGGAACUGAAGGCCCCCAAGGUUAUUGGUGUGAAGCUCACUGGUGAAUUGUCCGGAUGGACUGCUCCAAAGGAUAUCAUCCUGAAGGUCGCUGGUAUCCUCACCGUCAAGGGUGGAACUGGUGCUAUCAUCGAAUAUCACGGUCCUGGUGUUGACUCUCUGUCCUGCACUGGUAUGGGUACCAUCUGUAACAUGGGUGCCGAAAUCGGUGCUACUACCUCCGUUUUCCCCUUCAACGAGCGCAUGUAUGAUUACCUGAAGGCCACGAAGCGUCAAGCUAUCGGUGACUUUGCUCGCACAUACUCCAAGGGUCUUCGUGAGGACGAGGGUGCCGAAUAUGACCAGCUCAUUGAAAUCAACCUGAGCGAGCUUGAGCCUCAUAUCAACGGUCCUUUCACUCCAGAUCUGGCCACUCCUAUCUCCAAGUUCAAGGAGGCCGUCAAAGCCAACGGUUGGCCAGAGGAGUUGAAGGUUGGUCUUAUCGGAUCUUGCACCAACUCUUCCUACGAGGAUAUGUCCCGCGCAGCUUCCAUCGCCCGUGAUGCCUUGAACCACGGACUCAAGGCCAAGUCUCUUUUCACUGUUACCCCCGGAUCCGAGCAGAUCCGCGCCACCAUCGAGCGUGAUGGUCAGCUGAAGACUCUCGAGGAGUUCGGAGGUGUCAUUCUUGCCAAUGCUUGCGGCCCUUGCAUCGGUCAGUGGGAUCGUAAGGACGUCAAGAAGGGCGAGAAGAACUCCAUCAUCUCCUCCUACAACCGAAACUUCACUGGACGAAAUGACGCCAACCCUGCCACCCACGCUUUCGUCACCUCGCCCGACCUUGUUGUUGCCCUGACCGUUGCCGGCACCCUCAACUUCAACCCACUCACCGAUACCCUGAAGGGCGCGGAUGGAAAGGAAUUCAAGCUUGCUCCUCCCACUGGUGAAGGUCUCCCAGCUAGGGGCUACGAUCCUGGCCGUGACACCUACCAGGCCCCACCCCAGGACAGAGCCUCGAUUCAGGUUGCCGUUUCUCCAAGCAGUGACCGCCUCCAGGUUCUCCAGCCUUUCAAACCCUGGGAUGGAAAGGAUGCCAAGGGCAUCCCAAUCCUGAUCAAGGCUCAAGGAAAGACCACCACCGACCAUAUCUCCAUGGCCGGCCCCUGGUUGAAAUACCGUGGUCACCUUGACAACAUUUCCAACAACAUGCUUAUCGGUGCUGUGAAUGCCGAGAACGGAGAAACUAACAAUGUCAAGAACUUCCAGACCGGAGAAUACGCCGGUGUUCCCGAUACUGCCCGUGCUUAUAAGGCUAAGGGCAUUAAAUGGGUUGUGAUUGGUGACUGGAACUACGGUGAAGGUAGCUCCCGAGAACACGCUGCUCUUGAACCCAGACAUCUUGGUGGUCUUGCCAUCAUCACCCGAAGCUUCGCCCGUAUUCACGAGACCAACCUCAAGAAGCAAGGAAUGUUGCCUCUCACCUUCACUGAUCCCGCCGACUACGACAGAAUCCCACCAACCGCAACCGUCGACCUCAUGUGCACUGAGCUCGCUGUCGGCAAGCCUAUCACCCUCCGUGUCCACCCCAAGGAUGGCAAGCCAUUCGAUGUCUCAUUGUCCCACACCUUCAACGAGUCUCAACUCCAGUGGUUUAAGGACGGAAGCGCUCUCAACACCAUGGCCAAGCAGAGAGCAUAAACGUUGAGCCCGAAGCGGUUUCGAACUUUCGGCUCUUGUUGCGGGGUUUCGAGUCACAACGUGCUAUAUGAUACCAGUUUCCGGUCCUCAGGUGGUCACUUGUCACUAAAAUGACCACUAUUGGUAGGAGUGGUGUUACCUAGCAAUUGAGGGCCGUAAAUUAUGACCAAAAAGGGUGCAUCUUUCAAACCCCCCGGAAAUGUAUGUUUGCUUAUUCUGCCUUGGCGUACGGAGGACGUGCAAUUGGGGGGUAAUCAUUUUUUCACCCUAGAGACGAUUUGAUUGUUGUGCAACAAUAUAGAGCCCGGGUGGAAAAAAGAAAGAAUGUUUUGCAGGCUAUCCCUUCAUGUUCACUUUUUGGGGUUUCAUCGGUGUCCCACAUUUGUAUAUACUGUUUGUCUUUUGUCUUCUGAUGUUUCUAUUUUUCUGAUCAGCCCUUAAAAAUGUCGUCUACGAUGUUCAAUUCAUUGUACAAUUACGUCUUCUGAAAACCUUCCUUUACGAGUUUGU